AUGGCAUAUUAUUUCUCCUCGUUUUUGUCCCUGCAGAAAUUCAUCAUCUUGACUUUGGCCGUGGUUGGCUGUGUGGCCGCCGAAUCGGGCUACAACUACAAUGCUCCCCGCCAGGCAGCCGCCUCUGCCCCGGCUCCAGUUUUCCAGCAAGCCGCCUCUGCUCCUGCCCCAGUGAGGACCUACGUGCCGCCUGCUCCUGCUGCCUCUGCCCCAGUGCAGACCUUUGCCCCUGCCCCAGCUCCAGUUGCUGCCCCUGCUCCCGUUUUCCAGCAGGCUGCCUCUGCGCCAGCCCCAGCCCGCACCUACGUGCCUCCAGCUCCUCAGGUGCACCACCAUGCCGCUGCCUCAGCUCCAGCUCCCGUUCAGUCCUUUGCUCCUAGCUUCUCGGCUCCAGCACCCGCCCCCGCACCCGUGCAGUCCUUCGCCCCCGCUCCUGCUUUCGAGUCCUCCGGACCGGUGUUCGAGGCCGCCGCUUCCGCCCCCUCUGCCGCCCGCUCCGGAUACGAUUAUAGCCAGCCCGCCGCCAGCCAGCAGGGAUACAAGUACAAGACCGUCCGUCGCCGUGUCUUCAAGCACCGCGCUUAA